AUGUGGAACCGCUGUCAUGUGACAUGUCCACAUUUUUUGGCCCAUGUCCUCAUUUGUUUUUGCUGUAGAAGCAUUAGAAUCUGCUCUGUCCGAUCAUGUAAAGAAAUAAAUAAUCGGACCUGGAUGAACCUCUGUAGGAUGAUUUCAGAAAGAUGCUUUUUUGAUCCACGUUGGAUGUGAUAACAUCGCACACUGUCUCGUCUUUGAAACUCCCCAACAGUUAUUUUGGCUGAAGACAGCCUACUAGCGAUUUGUAGUUUAAGUUAGAAACAUAUGCAUAUUAACCUCUUAAGGAUCGGACUAUUUUUUUCAAUUUUCGCCUAAAAUGACAUACCCAAAUCUAACUGCCUGUAGCUCCGGACCUGAAGCAAGGAUAUGCAUAUUCUUGAUACCAUUUGAAAGGAAACACUUUGAAGUUUGUGGAAAUGUGAAAUUAAUGUAGGAGAAUAUAACAUUAGAUCUGGUAAAAGAUAAUACAAACAAAAAACAUGCGUUUUUAAUGUUUUUUUUGUUCCAUCUUCUUUGACAUGCAAGAGAAAGGCCACUAGAUGGCAGCAGUGUGUGUGCAAAGUUUCAAAUUGAUACAGUGAAGCGUUGCAAUACUGGACUAUUUUGUAUCAAGUCUGCCCAAAUGUGCCGAAUUGGUACAUAACAUUUUCAAGUACAUAGCUAUAGAGAACAUACAAAAAUGAUAUGGUAAUACAAAAUGUAAGUUUACACACUCCCAGGAAUGUCAUACAUGAUGGAUCAUUAGCUUAUACACUAACUUUCACACAUCUAGAUGGCCGGGCGGGGUGGGUGUGGAGCCAGAGAAAGCAGGGGUUCAAACUGUAGAACCCAGUUCCUACAUUUGAAUAUAAAAAUUGAUUUUAUCAAACAAAACUAUGCUACAUUUUAUCUCUGGGACCCUUAGGAUGACAAAUCAGAGCAAGAUUACUGAAUGUAAGUACAUUAUUUACCUUCAGAGGUGAAUGUAUCAAACCAAUUGCCGUGAUACAUUUGUUGUUGUUGUGCACUCUCCUCAAACAAUAGCAUGGUUUUUUUUCACUGUAACAGCUACUGUGAUUGGACAGUGCAGUUCGAUUAACAGGAAUUUAAGCUUUCUGCCCAUAUAAGACAUGUCCUGGAAAGUUUGCUGUUAUUUACAACAGUCAUGCUAAUCACAUUAGCACACGUUAGCUAAUGCACCAAUCCCGUAGAGGUUAACCCAUCAUUUAUUAGCUAAAUAUAAGGGCCUUUAGAUAUUUACCAGUCUAAGUCAAGAAAAAAAAAGAAAUGGCAGUGUGCAUUCCCCCAGGCUAAAUGCCAAAGCAUUUCUGUGACAAUAGACACGAACAGCUCAAGGACAGACAUACAUUUAAAUGGAGAGAAAAAAUGCAUUUAAAUCAUUUCUGUGAAGCUUUGUGGUUGACAAGGACAAGUUUGAUGUCGGACAACAAUAGAAUGUUCAUGAUUUAAUGCGUGCCAAAGACGGUAAGAUGAAAGGCGACGUUUAUACUGAGCGGUUGGCGGGACUUUUAAAUACAUUACCGCAAUCAUGACUAGGUUAGUUGGCUGAAAUAAAAGUACAGGCUUUGUUGCUGGCAAUACCUUUCAGAUAUAAAGAAAAGGCAUCAAAACAUUGGUGCCAUGGUAAAGUUGGCGGGAAAAUGUAUUGGGGUGAAAGGUAUAAGAGAGAGUGAAUGAGAGGAAUUCUCAUGGGGAGUUCUACUGUAUCUCCAAAAGAGAGAACUGCACUAUAUCUCCUGGCCAGAGAAAGAAGAGCUGACUGUUGAUAGGGAGGGACAUGAGUGUCAUCAUCACUAAUUUGUUCACUCUGCAGUUCUUACAAUCUAUUUAAUUGGGUAAUUACAAGGUUCACCAUAAUGCCAAGCCUCAAAUGAACCACUUAUAUCAAUUAGCAUCAAUCACAUCCAAAUCACCACAAAGCUAAAUCUUUGUCAUCCUCACAUGUACAAUGCAAAUCUGCAUUUCUAUACUAUGAGAUUUAGCUCAUGUAGAAUUAACUUUAGAUGUAGUUAGCCGUACUCAUGUUCUGACAUUUUUUAAAAAUUCUUCAAACGAUGACGUAAACUCUUUCCCUGAGGUUUUAUAGGGGAGAUAAAUGAAAAAGCUUGCAGAUCUGUGCAGCCCAGCGUUUGUUGUUAUAAGAUCCCUGCUAAGUUCACUUCCCUGACCCCUGAGGCUCCCCUCUCCUCUUCUCUCCCGCUGCUCCCCCUCCUCUCUGUGGUGUGGAAUCCGUGAGAAGACCCCACUUUACCAGCACUCCAGCAGCAGGGCUCCACACUCAAAGACGACUCUCUCAUUAGCAUGCCUCAGGACUCUCCCCAGACUCAGACUGCUUCUGACAAACAAACACAGCCUCUCUCCAAGUCUCCUCUCUCUGUCUCUCACUGUCUGUGUCUGAAUGUCUCUAUCUGUCCCUACUCUGUCUCUGUCUGUCUCUGGUCAUCUCUCUUGUUGUCUCCUUGUCUCUCUAUCUCUGUGUCUAUCAAUCUAUCUGUCUCUCUGUUUCUAUCUCUAGGAGACUCUUUUUUUAUUUCCCUCUCUCUUUCUCACUCUCAUUAUUUCAGGCAUCCUUUGUCAGACUUUUCUUCACUUCUCUCUGUCUCCUUCUAUUUCCUAAUGCCUCUACCAUACUCAUGUUUUUUUUUCUUUCUCUUUCGUCCAUUCUCUCCCCGUCUUUCCUCUUUCACCCGUACAAACAGCGGAGAUGCUCCUUUUUCUUGUUCGGAGGGGAGGGAUCAUCCACCUUUUCUUGUGUCCUUUUAUGUGCGAGUUAAAAGUUACCAGAUGGAGGGGAGACAGCGGUCAGAGGUUGUUAAUGUAUGCCACGGGAGCAGGGGGCAUUUGGUGCAAAUCAGAGGCCUGCCCCCCUCCCCCAAACUCCUCCCGUCCCCCUCCCCCACUUUAACUGUGGUCGGAUGGGAAAGAGAGGCUGGCAAUUGUGAGCUGACAUACAUUCUCCCCCAUUCUCCCCCAGCAGCACACAACACAGAGUGGGGCUUUCAUCAAGUGGAGCCCCCCAGCAGCCAAAGGAGGGGGUCCCUACUCUUCCACACACAUCCCCUCCUGUGAUGUAACCAGUCCAUUCUAACCAAGCAGGCAGGCAGGGCAGGCAGCCCCCUAAUUGUCAUUCAUGGUGCGCCUCCCUGAGCCCGAGACGCCUCAGAGGAGGGAGUGUCUAUGGGGGGUGAGCAGUGGGGUCGAUGUGUGUGUGUGUGAGGUUGUGUGUGAGUGGGGUGUAUGGUUGAUGCAUAGCAAGUGGAUCCAUAGCUACCCAGGCUGAAUGCCCAAACAGUCAGUCAGUGUAAAUAAAGCAGACUUCCUGGGAAAGUGGGAUCUCAAGUGACGUAUGGUGGAGCAUUAGGUUAGCUGGCAGCGUUGCUUGUGGACCUCUAAGCUACAACCAAAUCUCAUCCGACAAGACCUCUGCAUCUUGGAAAGGAACUGUGAUAUACUAGGAGCUGUGCUUCAGUCAAUCAGGGCAGCACAAGAGAGAGAGUGCAGGACAGCAGGAGCGAGAGGGAACGUGCAAGUGAGAGAGAGUGAGGGAGAAAAAAAGAGAGAGCGAGAGUGAGUGGAGGAGAGAGAGCGAGGGAGAGAUAGGAGGAGAGAAUUCUGCUGAAUGGAAGCAUUUUUGGUGGAUGGGAUAAAACCAACCAUGGAAACUACAUCAGAAGAUAACCAAGAGCAGAGCCAGGAGAAAAAAGGUACCAGAAUGAACAGUAACAAAGGAGAUGUUUAGCUCUUCUCACCACCUUGUUUACUGGGGCUUUAGCCUACUUGAGGCUGCUUGGGUUCACACCACACAAUAGCAGGGUGGACUCUGUUCAGCGGGGGCUCCAUUCACACACUCAGUGUCUCAUCGCUCCGCUUUAAGCAAUUGCAAUCUCACUCUGUUUUUCCUCAUUCAAUACAGUCGAUGAUGUGAUGGUUGUAUGUGGUGUUGUAUUUCUGUGUGUAUUUCUGUUGGACAUUGCACAGUAGAUUACCCAUGCAAUAUGUGGAAUAUGAAGAAUAUAUGAGAGGCUGUUGCAAGUGUAUUGGGAAGGCAUUGAUUGCUUGUGCAUGAGACCUUAUUUGUUUUCUAUGUCGGUGUCUCUGUCUCUCAGCGUGUGGAGGAUGAUUUAUUUUAUGUUGCUGUUGUCACUGUCAUUAUUGGUCCCCUUAUGAAGGACAUAUUUCAUGUCUCAUCAUUAGUGAAUGUUUAUUACUCUACUGUGAGUAUUGGCUGUUAUCGGUGGGUCGCUGGUAAUGAGGUUGAUGAGAGUGUGUGUGUGUGUGUGUGUGUGUGUGUGUGUGUGUGUGUGAGGGGGGAGGGGGGGGGGGGGGGGGGGGGGUGUCAAGACAAAGAGACAAGCACAUCAUCAGUCCCAUACACAGCGCUACAGAUUAAUCACUCCUCUGGGGCAGAGGCUGGCUGAUCUGUCAACACCACACACAUGCACACACAAACACGCAUGCACACAACGGUAGACAUUCUCACACAAACACACAACCACAUCGUCAGGAAUCAGUUGCAGGACAGGGAUAUAUUGAUUUGUUCUCCUCCUGUUUCUUCUGGUUCUCCCCCAAGAGAAAAGGCUACCUUUCAUAUCAAAGCACACAAAUGAUCAAAUCAAAUCAAAUCACAUUUUAUUGGUCACAUGCGCCGAAUACAACAGGUGCAGACAUCACAGUGAAAUGCUUACUUACAGCCCUUAACCAACAGUGCAUUUAUUUUUUACAAAAAAUGUAAAAAUAAAACAACAACAAAAAAUGUUGAGAGAAAAAAGAGCUAUAUAUACAGGGGGGUACCGUUGCAGAGUCAAUGUGCGGGGGCACCGGCUAGUUGAGGUAGUUGAGGUAAUAUGUACAUGUGGGUAGAGUUAAAGUGACUAUGCAUAAAUAAUUAACAGAGUAGCAGCAGCGUAAAUGAUGUGUGUUUUUAUGUCAUUGAUGUUAGAUGUAUCGAACAGUAAUCAAAUACAUCAAAGGCAGAUGGGAUGUUGAUUUAUUGGUCAUUAUAUUAACCUUUAUUUAUUGGAAUUAUUAUGUUUUGGUAGUACCAGCUCACAUUUCUCUCUGUUCAGGUGGACAGUUCCAGCAGGAUUGUUGCUUUGGAGCGUUGGCUGUUUUCCAGAGCUAAAGCUUUUGACAAGACCAGAGAGGAUUUACCAAUGCACUCUGUUUGUCACUACCUUUGUUUACAGUGCAUUUGGAAAGUAUUCCGACCGCUUGACUUUUUCCACAUUUUGUUACGUUACAGCCUUAUUCUAAAAUGGAUUAAAUGUUUUUUCCCCCCUCAUCAAUCUACACACAAUACCCCAUAAUGACAAAGAAAAAACAGGUUUUUAGAGAUGUUUGCAAAUGUAUUAAAAAUUAAAAACUGAAAUAUCACAUUUACAUAAGUAUUCAGACCCUUUACUCAGUACUUUGUUCAAGCACCUUUGGCAGCGAUUACAGCCUCGAGUCUUCUUGGGUAUGACGCUACAAGCUUGGCACACCUGUAUUGGGGAAGUUUCUCCCAUUCCUCUCUGCAGAUCCUCUCAAGCUUUGUCAGGUUAGAUGGGGAGCAUCGCUGCACAGCUAUUCCUUCUGGAAGGUUCUCCCAUCUCCAUAGAGGAACUCUGGAGCUCUGUCAGAGUGACCAUCGGGUUCUUGGUCACCUCCCUGACCAAGGCCCUUCUUCCCUGAUUGCUCAGUUUGGCCAGGCGGCCAGCUCUAGGAAGAGUCUUGGUGGUUCCAAACUUCUUCCAUUUAAGAAUGAUGGAGGCCACUGUGUUCUUGGCGACCUUCAAUGCUGCAGACAUUUUUUGUUACUCUGUGCCUCGACACAAUCCUGUCUCGGAGCUCUACGGAAAAUUCCUUCGACCUCAUGGCUUGGUUAUUGCUCUGACAUGCACUGUCAACUGUGGAACCUUAUAUAGACAGGUGUGUGCCUUUCUAAAUAAUGUCCAAUCAAUUGAAUUUACCACAGGUGGACUCCAAUCAGGUUGUAGAAACAUCUGAAGGAUGAUCAAUGGGAACAGGAUGCACCUGAGCAUAAUUUCGAGUCUCAUAGCAAAGGGUCUGAAUACUUGUGUAAAAAGGUAUUUCUGUUUUGUAUUUUUAAUAAAUUAGCAAACAUUUCUAAAAACCUGUUUUCACUUUGUCAUUAUGGGUAUUGUGUGUAGAUUGUUGAGGAUUUAUAUUUAUUUAAUACAUUUUAGAAUAAGGCUGGAAAAAGGGAAGGAGUCUGAAUACUUUCCGAAUGCACUGUAUACCUGAAGAUGUCAUAUCACACACACACACUCACACACACACUCACACACACACACACACACACACACACACACACACACACACACACACACACACACACACACACACACACACACACACACACACACACACACACACACACAAACAAACACACACAUCUCAAUGUCAUUAUGAAUUACAGUAAACAGUAGUCUGAAUAGGCAACCCCAGUCAUUGGCAAGCAUUAGCCAGCAUAACAUUUCUUUGCUCUGCAACACAAGUAAUCAAUACGAUCCUUUGAUGUGUGAGCGAGGUUAGACCACUUCAUCCCUAGAGAAUGAUCAUUGCUGUCUUUCUAACUGCUGAUCCACCUCGUGUCUAGGAGUGUGGAAAAUCCUAAUACCUCAUAAAUAGUGUUUUGGCCGCGCCUCAGUGAGUGGAACAACAAGCAACAACACUUAGCCCUAGCAGCAACCAGGGCACAUCUGUUAAUAAUGAAGCUAGAUGGCAGAUUAGGCCUGAGAGCUGUUAUUAGCUGCUCAGUGCUGCUCAGUGCUGCCAGGCUGACUGGGUUUAGUAACAAGGGUGAGGAGGAGUGCUGGGGUGUGUGUGUUGCUUGAUGUAGAACAGAAGAUAAUUUAAGAGAAAAAUUGGAGGACGUUACUGUUUUUAUUUUGUCGUUUGUGUUCUCUGUUGGCAGCUUCUACCUGGAUACUGCAGUAGGAAAUACAACCCAACACAUGUCAAAUGGCAUAACUGUCCUGACUGUAAAUCACAUCUCUAUAGUAUUAAUAGGGAGCCAGGAAGCCACAAAGUAUUUAAUAUAUACUGAACAAAAAUAUAAACGCAACAUGCAACAAUUUCAAAUAUUUUACUGAGUUACAGUUCAUGUAAGGAAAUCAGUCAAUUGAAAUAAAUUCAUUGGGCCCUAAUCUAUGGAUUUCACAUGACUGGGAAUACAGAUAUGCAUCUGUUGGUCACAGAUACCUUAAAAAAGAGGUAGGGGUGUGGAUCAGAAAACCAGUCAGUAUCUGGUAUGACCACGAUUUGCCUCAUGCAGCGUGACACAUCUCCUUCACAUAACGUUGAUCAGGCUGUUCAUUGUGGCCUGUGGAAUGUUGUCCCACUCCUCAUCAAUGGCUGUGCGAAGUUGCUGGAUAUUGGUGGGAACUGGAACACGAUGUCGUACGUCGAUCCAGAGCAUCCGAAACAUGCUCAAUUGGUGACAUGUCUGGUGAGUAUGCAGGCAAUGGAAGAACUGGGACAUUUUCAGCUUCCAGGAAUUGUGUACAGAUCCUUGCGACAUAGGGCCGUGCAAUAUCAUGCUGAAACAUGAGGUGAUGGCGGCGGAUUAAUGGCACGACAAUGGGCCUGAGGAUCUCGUCACGGUAUCUCUGUGCAUUCAAAUUGCCAUUGAUCAAAUGCAAUUGUGUUCGUUGUCCAUAGCUUAUGCCUGCCCAUACCAUAACCCCACCGCCACCAUGGGGCACUCUGUUCACAACGUUGACAUCGCCCACACGACGCCAUACACGUGGUCUGCAGUUGUGAGGCGAGUUGGACGUACUGCCAAAUUCUCUAAAACGACAUUGGAGGCGGCUUAUGGUAGAGAAAUGAACAUUCAAUUCUCUGGCAACAGUUCUUUUGGACAUUCCUACAGUCAGCAUGCUAAUUGCACACUCCCUUAAAACUGCACAUUUUAGGGUGGUCUUUUAUUGUCCCCAACACAAGGUGCACCUUUGUAAUGAUCAUGCUGUUUAAUCAGCUCCUUGAUAUGCCACACCUGUCAGGUGGAUGGAUUAUCUUGGCAACGGAUACAUUUGUUCACAACAUCUGAGAGAAAUAAGCUUUUUGUGCGUAUAGAACAUUUCUGGGAUCUUUUAGUUAAGCUCAUGAAAUAUGGGACCAACACUUUACAUGUUGCAUUUAUAUUUUUGUUGAGUGUACAAUGGAAAUGUUUUUCCUCAUGCAAUAGCUACCUGUCUGCAGUUAUCCUCCCCAUACAAUAAUGAGAACAGCUGUCAUGAUCUGCAUUGCUCAGCCUAAAGAUUCAAGAUUUUACUGGUGGGCUUUAUUCGGUUCCCACAGAGGGUCCCAGGCAGCUGUUGGGGAUUGAGGGGGUCUGUGUGGGGGCUGUGUGGUGGUGUUGACAGGCUUUGGUGGGUCACGUGACAGCUGGUGUUGAGGGAUGGACGGGCAUAAGGAAGCAGCCCUAGCUGUGGAGGUGGAGUCGAUGGAGGGGUCUGGAGCUAGAAACAUGUGGAUGAGCUACAGCAGCAGGGUUUUAGGUCAACCCCCCUCUUCCAUAUCACUUUCUCUCUCUCUUUCGCUCUCUCUCGCUCUCUCUUUUACACACAAACGUCUCUCUCCUUCUAUUUCUCUCUCUAUCUCUGUAUCUCUCUAUCUCUAACCCUAGUCUCUCUUUCUCCUCCUCUCUCUCUCUCUCUCUCUCUCUCUCUCUCUCUCUCUCUCUCUGGACAGUCUGCUCUCCCCAUAUCUCUCCUAAUGAGCCAUCUGAUUGACACAGGGGAUGAUUCCUGUUUGUCUUGUCAGAUGCCCAGAUCAACAGGAUGCUUCUGGAGUGUGAAGUGGGCUGCCACCCAUCUCCUCCGCCGCACUUUGUGCCAGCGCAAUGCAUGCUGGGUGGACAGGAUGGAGCUCUGUGGUUGGCCUGCCCUGUGCUCCAGUCCAAACUAAGAGGCUGGAAGAGCAGGGCCCUGGACCAGUGCUGCUCUGAAUGGGACUUUGAGACUGCAGCUUGACGGGCUACACACACUGGCUCUUUGUGUCAGGGCUCUUUUGACUGCCAUCCAUACGGCAGUUUCUCUCUCUGUCUCACUCUCUCUUUGUGUUUCUGACUCAGGCUCUAUAGCAUGACCAUAGUAAUGAGAGGCUCAACAGUUUGGCAUGGUGUGACUGCAGAUGGUCACAGUUGUUCUGUUCACUUCUCACAUCCCUCCUUGUCUCUCUGUUUGUCUGUCUCUCAGAAUACCUCUUUCUGUCUCUGUCUCUCGCUCUCUUGCCUGCUUAAUCUCAGCCUCUGUCCCUCUUUCUGUCUCUCUCCCUCUCCCUUGCUCUUUCUGUCUGUCACUCCCUGUCACUUCCCUAUCUCUCUCUCUCCCUCUCUCUCUCGGUCUGUUCUCAGUCCCUCCCACUCUUGCUCAGUCUUUCUGUCUCUGUCUCUCCCUCCCUCACCCUCUCUGUGUCUUUUCAAUCAUGAGGGAGGGGAUGAGUGGAGGGAGAGUUAUGGGAGUGGUUUAACCAGGAUAUCAGGCAGACCCUAGGAGCAUGUGAAAGUCAUCAAAGAGAAGAGGGCCAAUGUGAUUUUCAUUUGGAGCAGCACUCUAUUCGGGGAAUGCCAGGAGGCUCCAUCUUGUGUGUGAUUACGUGUGUGUGUCAUCCAGAGAGAGAGUAAACAAAUCCCCUUCUCUCUCCCUGAGGAGGACUUUACUACAGAACUCAAGGCCUGUAAUAUCCUGUAAUAUCUGGUGUACUAUAAAGGCCUAGAUUUAUAGAGAAGAGGUUUAUAGAGAAUCCUCUGAUCUGAGUUGUGUGGCAGGUUUAGCCAGCAUGAAGGGUUUGUGUGUUGUUUCUGAUCUAGUCCCUACGCUGCGCCUUGGUCCUCAUCUCUUACCGACGAUCGUGACAGAAGAUCCCACCAAGACUGGACCAAGCAGCGUGUCCAGGAGCCAUCGCCAGGGAGAUCUCUAGCAGAUCUCCUUCGCCUCCUCGACUGGGUCAAGCCGGGUGAGGAAGAGAAGGGCCGGACUUGGAAGCAGAAGGGCGAAAGUCUGGCGAGGGACAUGGAGACCUGGUCCACGGGUAGGAGAGACGGCCAGACAUUUUUUAGGGGGGGGCUAACGCCGUGGACGACGGGCCAGCAGGAGACCGCGACAGAGCGGCCCAGCGGGUUGGCAGAGGAGGCCGCCAGGUUACGGGGGCCACUGGUCGAAGAGGGGAUGGAAGGUGUAGAGGCACGGCGAGAGGUACUGGGGUGUGUUACCAGUCCGGUCCGGCCCAUUCCAGAUCCCUGCGUAGGGCCAGUGGUGUGUGUCCCCAGUACGGUCUGGCCUGUUCCUGCUCCCCGCACCAGGCCAAUGGUGCGAGUCACCAGCCCGGUCCGGCCCGCUCCUGCUCCCCGCACCAAGCCUAUGGUGCGCGUCGCCAGCCCAGUCCGGCCUGUUCCUGCCACUCGCACCAAGCCAGGGGUGCGAGUCGUCAGCCCGGUCCAGCCUGUUCCUGCUCCACGCACCAAGCCAGGGGUGCGUAUCGUCAGCCCGGUCCGGCCUGUUCCUGCUCCCCGCACCAAGGCUAUGGUGCGCGUCGCCAGCCCGGUCCGGCCUGUUCCUGCCACUCGCACCAAGACAGGGGUGCGAGUCGUCAGCCCGGUCCAUCCCGUUCCUGCUCCACGCACCAAGCCAGGGGUGCGUAUCGUCAGCCCGGUCCGGCCCGUUGCUGCUCCACGCACUAAGCCAGGGGUGCGCAUCGUCAGCCCGGUCCGGUCCGUUCCUGCUCCACACACCAAGCCAGGGGUGCGCAUCGUCAGCCCGGUCCGGCCCGCUCCUGCUUCCCGCACCAAGCCAAUGGUGCGCGUCGCCAGCCCGGUUCGGCCCGCUCCUGCUCCUCACACCAAGCCAGUGGUGUGCGUCGUCAGUCCAGCGCGGCCCGUGCCUGUUCUCCACACCAAGCCAGUGGUGGGCGUCGUCAGUCCGGCACGGCCCGUGCCUGUUCCACUGGUGCCUGGUCCGGCACCGGUCAGAUGCGUUACGCCGGAGCUAGAGCAAUCCGCUCCAUCAGUGUGCAGUCCAGCUCCGGCCAGCGGGGCCAGACCGGACCAGGGGUACUUUGGGGGGUUGGAGAGGGAGUGGGGAUCAGGCCCGGAGCCGGAUCCGCCGCCAAGGCAGAGUGCCCACCCGGUCCCUCCCCUGUGGUAUUUAGUUGGCGCGGUCGGAGCCCUGGCUCUGGGGACACUGUUAUGUUGAGCCAGGGUGUGUAGAUCUAUGUAUUCCAUUUCUAUGUUGGCCAGUGUGGUUCUCAAUCAGAGGCAACGAGUGUCAGCUGUGGCUGGUUGUCUCUGAUUGGGAACCACAUUUAAACAGGCUGUUUGCCCACUACCUGUUGAUGGCCAAUCGGUUCUUACACUGUACAUCACUCCUCUCACAACCGUAUGCCCAUUUACUCUCACUCCUGUACUGAAGCUCUCUGGUAAAAAAGUAGUUUCAAUAUCAUCUUUGAUAAAGUUGUAAUGUUCAAGUGGUGAAUGGGAGAGACGCUUCAGCGAUACAGAUUGAAUAGAGCCCUAGACUGCAAUAGCAAAAACGGGGACUGAGAAUCGUCUAGUGGCCCUGGAGACUUCAGUUAUUGUUCCUAUACUACAGUGUUUCUCACAGUCUGAUAUUUGGACAAGAAGAGCAAUAGGGUUAACACUGCUGUCCUCCUAUAGUGUACUAUUUAUACUGACAGGGAAAGACUACCACACUAUGUAUGUGUGUGAGAGAAACUGUGCUUACUGCCCAUCACUGUGCUAAAAGACUUACCCAUAGGGGACCUCCUAUCUCACAUCCAUAAUCAGUACCGGAUAUUAUUACUCCUCUGUACUGAAUUAAUCUCUGCAGAGUUGAGAAGACAUAAGAAGAGAUUAGUACCACAUAAUGCAAACAUGAUGCAUGAUGGUCAAUCCAGACAGCCCUCUUUAUGGUCCUUUGUGAAGUACCCAUUGAGGAUCUGUGUAGGCGAUACAUUUUUUCAAUUUCCUCCGACUCAUGUACCAAAGAACAAGUCCUUUAUAGUGGUUCUAUGUAAAUAGAGUGGUAUUAUUGUGGUGGUUAAACGCUAAACCAUGUUAGUGGGCCUGUCUUGGUGCCAGUGUUGUUUCAGGGUUAGGGUUAGACGUAACACACUAUCCAGUCAGCAGCAUGGCGAAUGUUACUCCAGCUGAGAAAACACCACCUCCGAUUUAUAUAGUUAUUAAACGCAACACCUUAGGAGAGAGGCACAAGGCUUCUCCAUGGAGAGAAAAGGAGCUUUGUGUGUGUUUGAGGAGUGGUGUUUAACAGCAUUCCAAGUUAUAAUAGCAUCACAGUCAGUGUUGAGGGGACAGAGAGUUCACAUGACAGCGUACUGUAAUACAGUAGAGUACAGUACAUUAGCUUUCCAGUUUAACUAAUGUGUUCUGGGAAUGGAAAGCAGGCCAGGUGAUUUUUGUUAAGGACCUCUUAUCAAAUGGAUGGUAAAUUGAUCGGAUUUAUGGCCUCUUUCUCUCUCUCUCUGGACCUAGUUAGAUGUUGACAUUGCAGCUUGACCUUCUCUCUCACAGUACAGGACAGGCAACAGGGGAUGUAGGCCACUGGGGUGAAGCUGAUAGAUAGAGUGCCUGCCUGCUACUGGGCAGCUUAGGGGUUAAAGGUGAAUGGAUGCAAUAGAUUCCCCUUGGUUCAGUCAUGUGUUGAAAAUUGUGAUGGACUAGAGACAAAUGUUGCCCUUCAUGGUUGGAUCUAAUAAUAUCAGGGCAUGAGAUGUACAAUAUAUGUAAAGUGGCAUAUGAUAUCAUGAGUGAGUAGGUGAUGUGCUCUGGUAUUAGUAAUUCAUCCAAAUGAGUGAUAUGAUGUGGACAGAGGCUUGUCUUUACAGCAAAAAGACACUUAAUAAAGCCAUCAUGUCCGCAUUUCAACCAUGACGUGCCACUAUUGAUUGAGCUCCAGUGAGUUCAUAAUGGGGCAGUGUGAACGUUGUUAUUGCUUCUGUCACUCAAGUGUCUAUUUGACACAAGAAUGAUUUUGUUAUGCAGCUCAGUCUUUGUCACGCUCCCCAUCAGCAGUGAUAUUCGUCACUUUAGGAGGGGGAUUGGAUUCACUGGUUGAUUGUGUUAGUUGGUUGUUUGGUUGGUUUUCAUGACACAUGACUUCCAUGACUUGGAGUGAAAGCCAAUUUAUUUCCCCCAGGAUCAGACAUAUACCUGACAGUAAUGGAUGAUCGAGGACCAACACAAGAACAGCCCGUCCUCUGAAUGUGCAGUGUUUCACUGUGGCUGAGCUCUAUAUCCUGCUGGUCCUGCCUGCCAUGUGUGUCUAUGUGGGAAAUGUGGUCCGAGUUAGCCGUUCCGUCACGCCUCACCUCGAGCACACUCACUGGGUUGUGGUUAACGUGCUGCCAUGGCAACUGUUAUUCACCAAACCUGGGACAAAAAUGUUUUUAUCCCUCUGUGUGACACGAAAGACUACGGGAUGAACUUUCUGACAACACACAACUAUUGAAUGGCCCUGUUCUGGCUCUAAUAUAUCUGUUUAAUUUCCUUUGUCGCCAGAUAAAGAGGACAAACACAAACAAACUUUCAGGAUUCCCACCUCAUGGAAGAGGCUUGGAUUUCGAUAGGCAUAUUUUGCCCUGUCUCUCUAUCUCAGACUUUUGCAUUGGAGUAGUCUCUAGAACAUGCACCAAUGGGCUUUUUAUGUUCUGCUGAAAUCAUGGCUGUGCAUUUAUUGAGUGCCAUGUCUACUGACAGUUAGUAAGCCUCCAUUCAGGCCAUAUCCAAUGGAGGAAACAGUUGUCUGUAACACCAUUUUCCACACUUGAACAAAUCAAGGUGAAUCUAUGAAUCUAUCCAUACAGUUUUAUGGAACACACAUUAGUAAGGCCUUCACAUAUGCACAUCACUCUCCAACCAGGACCAGGCCAUGCUAUAAAUCUACAGCCUGCUGUUUGAAAUACAACAGCCUUCUAGACAAACAUGUGGAUCUUAUUGGCACAUUGUGGUCUGUUUACAUACUGUCUGUCCAGAGGCACUGCUCUGCUGGUGCGUCUGUACCAAAUAGGCUACGGUGUCUUCGGAAAGUAUUCAGACCCCUUGACUUUUCCCACAUUUUCAGCCUUAUUCUAAAAUUGAUUAAAUAAAUAAAAAUCCUCAGCAAGCUACACACAAUACCCCAUAAUGAUGAAGCGAAAACAGGUUUUUUGACAUUUUUGCAAAUGUAUUAAAAAUAAAAAACUGAAAUACCUUAUUUACAAAAGUAUUCAGACCCUUUGCUAUUAGACUGGAAAUUGAGCUCAGGUGCAUGCUGUUUCCAUUGAUCACCCUUGAGAUGUUUCUACAACUUGAUUUGAGUCCACCUGUGGUAAAUUCAAUUGAUUGGACAUGAUUUGGAAACGCACACAUCUGUCAGCCAUCUCUGCAGCACUCUUUAUGGUAGAGUGGCCAGACGGAAGCCACUCCUCAGUAAAAGGCACAUGACAACCUGCUUGGAGUUUGCCAAAAGGCACCUAAAGACUCUGAGACCAUGAGAAACAAGAUUCUCUGGUCUGAUGAAACCAAGAUUGAACUCUUCGGCCUGAAUGCCAAGCGUCACGUCUGGAGGAAACUUGGCACCAUCCCUACGGUGAAGCAUGGUGGUGGCAGUAUCAUGCUGUGGGGAUGUUUUUCAGCAGCAGGGACUGGGAGACUAAUCAGGAUCGAGGGAAAGAUGAAUGGAGCAAAGUACAGAGAGAUCCUUGAUGAAAACCUGCUCCCGAGCACUCAGGACCUCAGACUGGGACGAAGGUGUACCUUCCAACAGGACAACGAACCCAAGCACACAACCAAGACAAUGCAGGAGUGGCUUCGGGACAAGUCUCUGAAUGUCCUUGAGUGGCCCAGCCAGAGCCCGGACUUGAAUCCGAUCGAACAUCUCUGGAGAGACCUGAGAAUAGCUGUGCAGUGACACUCCCCAUCCAACCUGACAGAGCUUGAGAGGAUCUGCAGAGAAGAAUGGGAGAAACUUCCCCAAUACAGGUGUGCCAAGCUUGUAGCGUCAUACCCAAGAAGACUCAAUGCUGUAAUCGCUGCCAAAGGUGCUUCAACAAAGUACUGAGUAAAGGGUCUGAAUACUUAUGUAAAUUUGAUAUUUCAGUUUUGUAUUUUUAAUAAAUUAGCAAAAACGUCUAGAAACCUGUUUUUUCUUUGUCAUUAUGGGGUAUUCUGUGUAGAUUGAUGAGGAAAAAAAGCAAUUUAAUCAAUUUUAUAAUAAGGAUGUAACGUAAAAAAAUACUUUCCGAAGGCACUGUAUACCAUAAUACAGUAGGGGAGAUGGAUACUACAGUACAACUCAUCUGGGUCAUUUCAUUCUGCCAUUAUGAAUUGCCAUUGAUUUCCAUUAGGGUUUGGCUGGCAUCCACAGGACAGUAGUGACCUGUCUGCCUCCCAUUAGUGCACUUCAAUUCUAGCGAUGAAUAGUCAGGACAGGCUGCCCUCGCUGGCUGCACAGACAGACAGACAGACAGACAGACAGACACAGCUAGAUGACCAUACUGAGUGGCAACGGUGAAGCUCAGUCUCAUUCUAGCAUGAUGAUCAAGGUAUGAUCAACCAUCACUCAUCAUAAAUUGUCAUCAAAAUACCACUCCACUCUCCACUCUGUCUGAUGAGGAGUGUGUGUUGGCAGUGUAUGUUCAUUAUUUUGUAGUGUAUUGGUAGAUGAGGAUUAUGGGAUGAUGAGUCAUUUAGAGGAGGUUGAGAAAGUCAGUACAUGUUCUUAUUGAGUUCUGAUGAAUAAUGAAUAAGUAAAUGACCUCUAUUGUACUGUCAUUGGUUACGCAACAGCUAAUUUGAAUGUUUCAGUGAGUUGAACUUGAAAUGUCUCCCUAAACUCACUACUGCAAAGAUGGCUAUGUAUAUGAUUUAAAUGCAGAGUGCACCAAUACUUCAGCUCUUCUGUGUAUGAUAGAGUGAAACACAAUCUCCUUAUAUGGACUUUGCAAUGUUUCUGGGCAGAAGAAGUGUCACUGUUACACUGCAGCCUACAGUGAAAAGUUCACAGAACAAUUUAAAGAGAAUGUCAGAAAGAAAACAACUUCACUUUAACUAGUCUGUGAUGAAUGAUGAUUUCAAUAAAUUGACUGAUCUCACACUCUUUUUCUCUCAAUCUGUGUUUCCAUGUAGGUUGCUUUGAGUGCUGCAUCAAGUGUCUGGGCGGGGUGCCGUAUGCGUCACUGGUGGCCACAAUCUUGUGUUUCUCCGGCGUGGCCCUGUUCUGUGGCUGUGGCCAUGUGGCCCUUACCGGCACCAUCAGCAUCCUGGAGAACCACUUCUCCAAGAUCACCUCUGACCACGCUAUGCUGACUGACGUGUGAGUGACCGCACCUCUUUAUACUGACCCCAUGAGUAGGGUUAGGAGUUGUAGACCAUAACCUGACCAUGAAAAACAGUGUUCCCUAGUUAUAGACUAUAACUAGGUAAUGACCUAUAAGUAGGGCCUGGCUAACAUAAGUAUCCUACUGUAUGGUCAGAGUAGAGCAUCAAUAAGAUACUAUUGGAUCCCAAGCAACACAAACAUAGGCACAGACACAUGCAUAUACACACAUGAUAACAUACGCACUAUACACACACGUACACAUGGAUUUUGUGUUGUAGAUAUGUGGUUGUGGAGAAUGGGCACACACGUGUUGUGAAUUUUGUAAUGAAUGUAUUGUAAUGUUUUAAAAAUUGUAUAACUGCCUUAAUUUUGCCGGACCCCAGGAAGAGUAGCUGCUGCCUUGGCAGCAGCUAAUGGGGAUCCAUAAUAAAUACAAAUACCUCAUCCCAAAACAUAUACAUCCUGAUUCAGGCAGUAGCACAGUGACUAUAUGUCUACAGCGAUAUCUUGAAACACAUUUAUUUCCACUUAUAUAUCAACCCCUUUUAUCUAAAUGAGCUGAGCCUCCUAGUGUAAGCGUAGAUAAGCCCUAUCCAUAAAUUACAAGUACUUCUAUAUAGAUAUGUUCUUUCUUCAAUGAGCUCAUCACGACGACUAUUUUUAGCUGUUAAUAACCCCUGUCUGAACCUUAUCCUGGAGACAAGGCCUAAUAUGGAGCUCUUCUUAUUUUAAUCCAUUAGUCUAAGGAGAAAAACAGAGGAAAGAGAGGACAGGACAGAGCAUAUGUUUUGUGUUGAGGUUGAAAGGGGAGUCUCUGUGAGUGCACUGUUUAAUUGAAGAUGUCUAGCAGGCCGAUCGGUCUUUUAGUAGGUUAUUUCCCCAGGCAUGUAUCACCUGUUAUCUGUCCAGGAUGGGUGAAGGGUUUGGGACUGUUUCUAAUUUUUUGGGGGAAACUGAGCCAGUCAUCCUCACUCGAAGACAUCUGUUUACAGUUCAUCAGACAAAGUUGUUCAUGAUUUCAAGAUUUUCACAGAAUGAAUGGUGUAGGUUGCAUUUUUCCAACCCGAGCCUAAUGUGAACUGAUUAAGCUCUGUGCCUUUGAUCACACACGGGACACUAAGAUGGUUUGUGUGUGAUUUGCUCCUAUACAGAAUACAGCUGAUGCAGUACGUCAUCUAUGGCAUCGCCUCCUUCUUCUUCCUCUAUGGGAUCAUCCUGCUGGCCGAGGGCUUCUACACCACCAGCGCUGUCAAGGAGCUGCACAGCGAGUUCAAGACUACCAUCUGCGGGCGCUGUAUUAGUGGGAUGGUACGUCACUAUCAACACCACUGGACUGUGAUUACCAUGCACUGAACUUACACGAAACACAACCAACCAACUCACUGCAAUCUCGACUGGCUAUCAGACCAUUUGUUCAACAAGAUCGAAACAACAUUUGUUUAAAUAUUUCCACCAAACCACAUGAUGCUUUAAUCCUGGUUAGAUGCGAUCAAUCAAACAAGUUGAUGAAAACCAUAAUGAGCAAAUAUUGUUGCAAAUGAACACACAAACAGUCCCUCCCUUAUAGACCUACUCAUCAAAUAGGCUGCGAAAAUGCUGUUUAUGAUUCCAUUCUGCCUAAUGCUAAUAAGAUGCUGUGUAUUUCUGUCUGUCUGUGUGUGUGUGUGUGUGUGUGUGUGUGUGUGUGUGUGUGUGUCUGUGUGUCCCCUCAGUUUGUGUUCCUGACCUACAUCCUGGGUAUUGCCUGGCUGGGUGUGUUUGGUUUCUCCGCCGUGCCCGUCUUCCUCUUCUACAACAUGUGGUCCACCUGUGCCGCCAUGAGGUCACCAGUCGCCAACUUCACCAACGUGGACUCCAUCUGCGUGGACGUCCGUCAGUACGGUAAGAGAAUGCCUCAGUCACAAUCAGGGUCAUCUUCAUUAGGUACCAUGUGAUAGAAAACAGACUGAAAUUAGGGAGGGACUACUUAAACUUGUCCAAUAAGAAACACGUGUUUUUGUUUUCUGUUACCAACUUCUUGUUACGGUGUGCUUUACUGAAUAUGACCCAUAUUUCACCAUAGUGGCUGAGAGCCAAGACGGUAGUGUGAUAAAUAGUGAAUAGGAUAACAAACCACAUGUGGCAUCUUUUCUACAGCUCGAUUUGCCUCCCUGUGUCCUCUCAGGUCGAGUUUUAUAGCAGCAAUAAGACAUAAUGUUCAGUGUGUCGCGUUUUACAGCUUUAAUACACUCAACUCUCCAAUUAUGACAUUUUAAUGGUGAUUUGAAGUUACAACCAUUCUGUAAAUUCUAAUGUGAUAUGUGACUAUGGGCCAUUAACGAUUUUACUCUGAUUUGUUUACUGCAUGACUAUCUGAAUUAUAUGAAGACGUUUUAUGAAGACAUGAUGUGAAGAAUUUGCUCAGUAUAAAUAUUAACCUUUGACUUUAACGAUUGACUGCAGGUAUCAUCCCCUGGAACGCUACACCAGGCAAGGCUUGUGGGUCCACACUAGGAGACAUCUGUAAUACUAGUGAGGUAAGGCUUCUCUCCUCUAAUUCAGAGUCAUUCAUUCACAGGUGACAUACUGUCUAUUAUUUGGUGUCAUUACUUUGAGAUGCAUGCGCUCACAACCAUAUUAUGUGUUGGGGGCCACAGAGAAACAACAAAUUGUAUUCAAUGAAAACACCCUUGCCUUUCCUGAACUAACACUUGCACUUGUCUUUUCUUACUUGCUGACAGCUACUUUAUUGAGGACAAAUGUACUUACUAUGACUGUGAUAUGGGGUUGUCUCACCUAGCUAUCUUAAGAUAAAUGCAGUAAGUCGUUCUGGAUAAGAGCGUCUGCUAAAUGACUACAAUGUAAAUGUAAGUUACUGUACUGUGGUACUGUUUUCAAUCACAUAAAUCAAUGUUUUUUCUUGUCUUUUUUAGUUCUACCUGUCCUACCACCUGUACAUUGUAGCAUGCGCUGGAGCCGGGGCCACCGUCAUUGCUCUGGUAAGCUCACCUCUCUCUCUCUCUCUCUCUCUCUCUCUCUCUCUCUCUCUCUCCUCUCAUCCUCCCACUCAGUCCAUCCUUGCACGGUUUGUAUCUGACUGUAGAAAAUGAAUCCAGUGCUCCUCUCCUCAUUUCCCAUAUGGUUUAUGUAACCUCUGUAAAGCAGAUUACACAUAGGCUUUUCCACAUCUCCAAUCCCAUUCGCUGUAAACCAUCUGCUUAGAUGCCCCUGGCCCCAGUCUUAUUUUAGGAAAAAGGAAACAGGGUGGAGGCUUGCCUUGGCAAUGUGUAUACAGUAUCAAGGAGAAUCUCUGUAAGGAUAUAAACAUUUGUAGACUAAAUCAGAGUGCUUUGAACUAAGGCCACCACAUUUCCAAAGAGUCCCAUCUUGGGUGUUUUGAAAACAAUGAGUAUGAUAGAACAGGAAAAUUAUUUUAAAAGUCUAGGCCAUCGAGUUCAUUUUGUUCUCUGAUUGCUUCCAAAGAUAGUUUCACAAGUUUCUACUUAACGCACAUCUGAAAGUGACAAACAUUUAUAUUUUACUAAUACUUUUUUUUUUUUUUACAAGUAAAAAUGAAAGAUCAGUUGUUGCCCAUAUGGCAGCCAUGCACAUUCCUGGAGUGUUCUCUUACCGCCUGUAUUCUGUUCUCUUCCACCAGCUGAUCUACAUGAUGGCUACCACUUAUAACUUUGCCGUUUUGAAGUUUAAGAGUCGAGAAGACUGCUGCACUAAGUUUUAAAUGGUGUUCAGAGACACAGCACAGUACAGUCUAUGACACUAAACUGAAUAGAGACAGCAGCCACUUACUACAUGGACUAAAAACUGACAGAAAAUAGACAAAAACAUAUCUCCAUUAGUAUUCACCUAAAGUGUAAAUAGCUGAUUGUAUGCGUCCUUUAGCAUUUGAUAUCCAGGUAUAGGCCUGUCGGAAGGUUCAACGGUACCCAAGGAGAGUUGUCUUCAGAAUGGGGUGGUGUAUAGUUGGCAGGGUUAUGCUUUUCUCCAGCACAUGUUAAGAUCUGAUUAGAACAUUAAAUCAGUAAUAACUCCCUUAAAUGAAUAGGAAGACAAAAAACACUUAAUCACAGGACAAUACAGUAUUUUGAAUGAGUUCUCAGGCUUCAGUCAGUGCUAUGACUAUCGCUCUUACAUUUGGGGUGAAAAAAGUAUUCGUUUUUUACUAAUGGUCAAUUUGUCUGAGGACCAGCCAGCCUUGUCAUAGUGCCUUUUCCCCAUUCAUGUUUUCGGUUUGAUCAUGUGUACUUUUGUAUUUUCUUGGUGCAAGCCACAAAGUGUUACACAGAGAAUUGUCAGUAUUACAAGCUUCUGUCACAAACUAGCUCCUAAAUCGUAUAUAGAUGUAGACACUCUUCAUCUGUAAGAUGACAUAGACAAGAUGAACAGUGUUGUACAGUAGCACUUCAAAAAUAACUGCACAUAUAACUAGUAUUUUGAAGGGUUAGGCCAGUACCAGGGGUAUAUUUUUGCUCAAGGUAUAUAGCCUCAGUUUAUGACUUCAUACAUUUUAUAAAGGAGGUUUUCCUAUUUUAGAGGAGUAAUGUGAUUUUUUUAUGCAAACUGAUGCAUUCAUAGCUUCAGCUGAUAGUUUCAUGUUUUGUUUAAUUCUUUUUUCUCUGACUCAUCCAGAAACUGCCAAUCAAUUGUUUAAAGAGCCACUGUUGUUUUUUUUAACACUGAGCCUGCAUGCUUACUUGUAGUUUUUUUG